CUCCAGGGUGUAUCCAUUUGCUCUUAGAAAUGUCCAUAAAAGGGGUUGGGGAUUUAGCUCAGUGGUAGAGCACUUGCCUAGCAACCGCAAGGCCCCAGCUCUGAAAAAAAGUAAAGAGAAAAAAAAAAAAAGAAAUGUCCAUAAACAUAUCUGCUCCUAACCCUGUUGGCACAUACAGCAUCACUGGCCAAAUGUGGCUCUGGAAGGUAUAAAUGCUGUGGUACCUGCCAGACCUGUCCUGUGGGGAUGUCUCAGUUACCCCAGCAAUAAGGCAGCCUUCAACCGACUGGAUGUGGAAUCCAGUCGGCUAACUAAUUUGUGAGGCUGGAAAGAGCUCAGCUAAGCACUUGUUCUUGCAGAGGAUCUGGGUUUGGUUCCCAGCACUCGAGUGGUGGCUUAUCGCCGCCUGUAACUCCAGUUCCAGAUGAUCCAUGUAUGCUUGUUGCGCAUGCAUAUUUAUACACAUAAAAUAGAUGCAUGUGUAUAAACGUGUGACAGCUAUGUAGAUAAGACUACAGCUCAGGAGUCCCUUCUGACACAAGGAUACAGGGAGCAAACUCAGGUCGGUUCUGUGAGCUGAGCCAUCUCGCCUUUAGGAUCUCCAGUUAGGUUUUUGUUUUGAGACAGGAUCUUACUAUAUAUUCUUGUCUGGUCUAGAACUCGCAGGGAUAUUCAUGCUUCCUGAAUGCGGCGAUUAAAGGUGUCCAACGCUGAGUUUUACCCUUCCUGCACUGGCUCCUCCCUCUCCAUACACCAAACCAAGCCCACCUACUCUCAGUGUAUGCUCAGGCCAGAUCCCUGUAGUUUCAGACCGACAGGUGGUUCACUCGGAGUUCGAGAAGUCUGUACUUCAAAAGGUGAACCACAGGGGUUGGGGAUUUAGCUCAGUGGUUAGAGCGCUUGCCUAGGAAGUGCAAGGCCCUGGGUUCGGUCCCCAGCUCCGGAAAAGAAAAAAGAAAAAAAAAAGGUGAACCACAUACGGAUUUGAAAAAUAAAAACCGGGAGAACUGAUCAGAACUACUGGGUUUCAGACUGCUAAUUAAUACCUACGUGGCUGUGAAGCUAAGUCACUGGUUAGACACCUGGUGGUGCUGCCUCUGACUGUCAGCCACUCAGUGCAGACGUCCUGUUUAGUGCGAGUUUGCUUGGAGCUCAUUGGUCUAAAUCUCUGUCACACAGGACCUGGACAUGGCGGUCGCAGGCAGCUGGCAACCUCCCCGGCCGUGCGAGGUCUACCGCGCCGAGUGGGAGCUUUGCCGCAGCGCCGGGCACGUCCUAUACCACUACUAUGUCCAUGGCGAGCGGCCGGAUUGCAGGCAGUGGCUGCGCGACCUGACCAGCUGCCGUGAGUGGGAGGAGAGCCGCAGCGCCGAGGCUCAGGACAAGGACCAGUGACGAACACCCGCAACCCUGCCCUUGACCUAGACUUCCGCUGGCUCUUACUUGACGUGGACCACACAGCAAGGCGUUUCCAGCUGUAACUGCCUACUGCCCACUGGGUCUGGGCAUCUCUUCACUUUGAUACUCUGAAAGACACCCGCAUCCACAUGCAGGAAGCCAAGCGCCGAGGCAGGUGUCUGAGCCGUAAGGUGGGUCCAUCCUGUCCACCUCUCCUGCAGACAUCCAUACCAGAGGCGGCGGUCCUGAGGUGUGAAAAAUCUCAAGUACACAAUGGCAGCCCUGACCUGUGUGGAUCCAGGGCACAGAAGUCAGAAUAAGGUUGCUAGACAGUCCUGCUGUGAUCGGCCCUCCUUGACCGAGAGAUGGACUGCAGUGUCUUAUUUGGUGACUGUUGUGUUUCCUAGUACGGACAGAGCUCACACUUGCUUCCCUGGAGACACAGUAGAGCAUGCUUUGUGGGCGGGCGACCUGCCCCCCUGCACCAGCAUCUCUUGCUGGUUUUGCAGACUUUGAAAUGAAUACACACAGCACUGCAGGAACCAAGGAGUCUGGAGUCAAGAAAUCCAAGUCCCGGGUUGGGGAUUUAGCUCCGUGGUAAAGCGCUUGCCUAGCAAGCGCAAGGCCCUGGGUUCGGUCCCCAGCUCCGGGGGGAAAAAAAAAAAGAAAUCCAAGUCCCAAGGCAGAGCGAGACAGAGUUCAGGUCCGAAGAAUAUGGGAUUUAGGCCUCUUGAUUUCUCCUCAUUGUUAAUGUAUUUUUAAAAAGCUGUUUCAUGUGUUUGAUUCCAAAAGCAACCUGAAAAUUAUAUCACACUUUAUACCUGUCCUAAUUAGGGUUUCUAUUGCUGCGAUGAAACACCAUGGCCAAAAGCAAGCUGGGGAGGAGAGGGCUUAUUCAGCUUAUGUGUGUUUCCACAUUGUAUUCCAAAAUCAGGAUAGAAACUCAAACAGGGCAGAAACCAGAGGCAGGAGGUGAUGCAGAAGCCAUGGAGGGGUGCUGUUUACUGGCUUGCUCCUCAUGGGUUGCUCAGCCUGCUUUCUUAGAGAACUCAGGACCAAAAGCCCAGUGAUAGCACCACCCAUCAGGGGCUGGACCCUCCCCAUCAAUUACUAACUAAGAAAAUGCCCUACAGCUGGAAUUUAUAGCAGCAUUUUCUCAAGUAAGGUUCCCUCCUUUCAGAUAACCCUAACUCAGUGGUUUUCAAAUGUCAUAAUGCUGUGUGACCCUUUGAUACAGUUCCUCAUAUUGUAAUAACCAAACCAUAAAAUUAUUUUCGUUGCUACCUCA